AUGUACCAGCUGAACGGCCUGGAUGAGUUCCUGAAACAGGAAUACAAAGCGGGCUUUAUGUAUUCGCCGGCCAUGCUUUCCAAAACCAUUUACAAAGCGCUGAACGACCUGCCGCCAAAUACCACGGCUUUCCCCAACCGGGAAGAUUACGAGGCGGUGAAGAAGCAGCUGAUGAGCAACAAAAAGAACAAGGACAUCAAGCGCAUCAUCACGCCCGACGGGAAAUACGCCCGCAUCAACGGGAAGAUCACCGACAUCGGGAGCAUCACCGCAACAACGAGUACAUGGUGA